UGAGCAUCUCCCGGGUGUUUAAAAAACUACCUCAGGACAAUAGCAGCGAAUGAGCGCUUAAUUAAAUUAAUUAGUCCUUCUUGUCAAUCUCAGAUUAAUGGCCAAUAGCGACGAUGCUGCCUAAUGUUUUUUCUACUCCUCUUCCUCUCCCUCUCUCUCUCCUGUAUGAGUGAAGAAGGGGAAGGGGGGCUCAUCCCGGCAUCCUGAGGGGAGGUAAUUUGCACGGAUCAAGGGGGCAAGGCGCCGCAAAGUAUAAAUACUGUGACUUCAAUAGAGGAGCACCAGCAGGUUCCCAACUCCGCUACCAAAGGAGGAGGAAUUGGCUGAGAAGAUCGAUUCUUUCUAUAUUUUUUUUUUACCUCUUCCCAGAGUUGGCACCAGAAGCAGCAGCAGCAUCAUCAUCAUCAUUUUCCAAAGUGGGGGUCGACUUUAAACCGAGCCACACCAUUGAUGUCUUAAGCUGUCGUGGAGCAAAGAGUGUGUGACUGAGAGUGUGUGUGUGAGGUGUGUGUUUCUCAAAGAGGAGAGUGCAGGCAGGGAUGGAAGAGCUCACCGCGUUCGUGUCUAAGUCUUUCGAUCAGAAAGUAAAGGAGAAGAAGGAAGUGAUAACCUACAGGGAGGUGUUGGAGACCGGUUCCACGCGAGCAGGGAGCAGGGAGUCUUUAUCGGGGGAGCCCGGGAGUCGAGAGGAGGCAGCGGCAGGAAUCACCCGGAACGUGGCGCUCUCGCCGGGCAGGGAAACGGACAUGCUCGGCCCGGAGAGGAUCAGGGACGCCGGGAGCCCCAAACUCAUAGACGGCACCACGGACGUGAAGGAAAGGAAAGAGGACUCGAAGCCCAUAGAGGACGAGACACAGGCUAAAAUCAAACAGAGGAGAAGUCGGACUAACUUCACGUUAGAGCAGCUCAAUGAGCUGGAGCGGCUCUUCGACGAGACGCACUACCCGGACGCCUUCAUGCGCGAGGAGCUGAGCCAGAGGCUGGGACUGUCCGAGGCCCGAGUACAGGUUUGGUUCCAGAAUAGGAGAGCCAAAUGCAGAAAGCAGGAGAACCAGUUACAUAAAGGAGUCCUGAUUGGAGCAGCCAAUCAGUUUGAAGCUUGUCGUGUAGCGCCAUAUGUCAACGUGGGGGCUCUACGGAUGCCAUUCCAACAGGAUAGUCAUUGCAACGUGCCGCCCUUCUCCUUUCAGGUGCAGGCGCAGCUGCAGCUGGACAGCGCCGUCGCCCACGCGCAGCACCACCUGCACUCCCACCUGGCGGCGCACGCGCCCUACAUGAUGUUUCCCGCGCCGCCGUUCGGACUGCCCCUGGCGACGCUCGCGGCCGAGUCCGCAUCCGCCGCCUCCGUCGUGGCCGCCGCGGCCGCCGCCAAGAACACCAGCAAGAACUCCAGCAUCGCCGACCUGAGACUGAAGGCCAAAAAGCACACGGCCGCGCUGGGACUGUGACGCCAGGUGGUCGGGUGGACGCAAGCCGUGCACGCCAUGUCUGCCACGUCCGCGCGACUAAGAGAUGCUGAACACUUUCAAAGUGAGACACUACAAGGACAAAGUGAGAGAAAAAUAUCCAAGGACGAUAUUUAUGAUUUUUUAAAUGAAGGACGACGAGUAUAACUAUAAAACAUAUAGGCUAUUUAUGAGACAAAGAAAAGACAAUGAAAGAAAAAGAGACUGUGACGUGAUAGCCUACCCAUAGGUGAUUUUGGACGGAGGGAUUGGAACUACUACAGCCACAUGGCUGAGGAGGACACCCUGAGGAGGAAGAGGAAGCAGCUGGGACGGUCGAUACUUUGUCAAACAAGGCGAACCAUUCUGCAGUUGUUUUAUUAUUAUUAUAUUGUUAUUGUUAAGAUUUCAUUUGAACCUAUAUAGAGGCUGGCCUCGUUCUAAAAACACGUUCUCUUUAAAAAAAGACAGAGCAGUUAAGAAAAAAUGACAUUAAUUCAAGUUUUUCUCCCUCUACUGUUUCCUGUACAAAAUUCAGAAAAUGCCCAAGCAGUGUUUGCAUUAGUUUGUCCUCAUCUCUCUCUCUCUCUCUCUCUCUCUCUCUCUCUCUCUCUCUCUCUCUCUCUCUCUCUCUCUCUCUAAGAAAGGGCAACUCUCACUUGAAUGUUUGGCCAACUUGACCUUGUUUGGACCUCCUCUGGUAAAAGGUGAAACUAGACAGAAAUGUGAGAUUAUAAUAUAUGUAGGCUACGCUGAAGAUUUUUCGUCAGGAUAACCGGAUCUAGUGUCCAUAUAAGGUGGUGAUUUGUCCCAUUUUAAAGGAUGACGUCAGUAAUGCCAACUUUAACACAAGCGGAGGAAACAGGAGGACUUUUUCCGGUACGGGCACGUGUAAAAUAUGUUUAUACACAAGAAACAUGCAUUAUUUUUUAUUAUUUAGUGGCUAUAAGAAUGCCUUGUGGGGAAUUUGUUCAUUUUGUAUUUUACUUUAUUUGCGUGUAUUAAAAAUAUCAUGUGCUUUCUGUAUGUAAUUUUGAUGUUUUUAUAACAGUGAAAGUGAACCUAACUGAGGCACGGGUUUCUAAGAAAAAAAGAAAAGAAUAUUCAUUAAAUUGUUUUACUUUUCCAUCACAUGUGAAACGUGAAUCCAUCCAAACAAAAUGUUUUUCGUUCCUACAAUAAAUUAACGAAAGUUUCUUAAAUGUG